GGUUGUGUGUGGUGCAGUGGAGAUUACCUGUUUAUCCUGUAGGGGGGAUGCUGGCUUUAAUAUGAGUCAGUACCAGUGUCUGACUGUAGUUUUAAAGAUAUUCUCACCACAUUAUCGGUUUGUACUACAGAUCUGUUUGCAUUUUAUGUACCUUGAGCUGUGUGCACUAUAAUUCCCCCCCCCCCCCACGAUCAAUAGAAUUCAUCUUAUAUUAGGGUGAGCAGAUAAUCCAUUGUCAGGGAGGCCACUUUGGGCUAAUUCAGGUUUUAUAAACUACUUUACUUUAAAACUGAAAUGUUCCUGCGCUCGGCUAAAUAUUUCCGUUCGCCUAGUGCUUUGACUGGUUUGUUUCCUUGACUGAAAGACUCAUCCAGCGGAUGGACAUUAGCAUUAAAGGCACAUGCAUGAUUAAUGGAGAAUGACCAAUAAGCACACAGCAAGAACUCGAUACUUACGUGAAAUCUAGGUCCCUUUGAUUGAAAUGGUAGUUUACAAAUCUUGUCCUAGCUCAAAGUCGCCUCCCUGACGUGGAUCGUCUGGUCACCUGAUCUUAUGUUACACUAAUUCACACGCCAUUGAAUAAAGUAAAAUCUCAAGAAAGCAACAGCGGCACCUAGUGGCUACACUCCUAUACCGCAAGUAUGAGGUAACCGGAAGUACAUUCCUUUGAAUCAAGCUAGAAGAAAGUGGCGUUUAUGUUUUUCCUGUAUUUAAUGCGGGCCUUGCAAAUAGCUUACAUUAACAUCGGGAUACUGGGCUGUGCAGUACGGGUCAGUGCGAGGAAUGUCACUUUUCCUGGUAUAUCUGGCUGGAGUGAUUGGUUUUUAUAUAAUCAUUUAUUAUAAUGUAAUUAAAUGCUCUACAUGCAAGAGCACCGCUGUGCUGAAGGGGAAAACUGCUAUCGUAACAGGUGGCAACACUGGCAUAGGGAAGACUACGGCUCUGGAUCUGGCAAAGCGAGGGGCGCGGGUUAUCCUAGCCUGUCGCAAUAAACGGAGAGCCGAGGCUGCAGUCUUCGACAUUAGGAGGGAGAGUGGGAACAAUGAGGUGGUGUACAUGCAGCUGGAUCUGGGCAGCCUGAAGUCGGUGCGCAGCUUCGCGGAGACGUUCCUGAAAACCGAGCCCAGGCUGGACCUGCUUAUAAACAAUGCAGGUGAGACAAGUGGAGGUAUGAUUGGACCUGGAAGGACAGAGGACGGCUUUGGCAUGGUGUUCGGGGUCAACCAUCUUGGCCACUUCCUGUUGACCUGCCUGCUGCUGGACCUCAUGAAGAAGACUGGACGGGGGCGCGUCGUAAAUGUGGCGGCCCUACUGCACCGCCUGGGCACCGUCAGCUUCAGCACCUUGGCGGCCCACAAAGACUUGGUCACCGGGCAGAGGACCUGGGACAACUUUCAAGCUUACUGCAACAGCAAGCUGUGUAACGUGCUGUUCACCCGGGAACUGGCCAAUCGGCUGGAGGGCUCGGGAAUCAGCUGCUUCAGCCUCCACCCAGGUGUCAUCAGCACUGAACUCGGGCGCAACCAGAGCUGGUGGCUGAGACUCCCCCUCGUUCCCAUCGCCAAGCUGUUCUUCCUGGACGCGGAAGCCGGCGCGCAGACCACGCUGCACUGCGCCCUGCAGGAGGGCAUCGAGCCCCUGAGCGGCCGCUACUUUUCCAACUGCGCCGUGCAGGAAGUGAGCGCCAAGGCGCGGGACGAUGCCGCGGCCCGGAAGCUGUGGGAAGUGAGCGAGAGGCUUUGUGGUCUGUCCUGAUGCAGCGGCACAGUAGCUGUCCCGGGUGUGUACCUGUAAUGAUGGCAAAAUUCAAGGGCUUCUGAUCCAGCAAAUCUUUCCGAAGAAUGCCUUAAAUGACUCCUUACCAGUGUCUUAAUACUUUUGCUUAUUCAAGUUUUUGGGGAAAAAACUGAAGCAUUUCUAUUUUCUAACUUGACUAAUGCAUAUUUAAUUUAUGCAAUUCAAAUGAACAAGUGUCAUGCUUGCAAAGUUUUACUUAUUACUGGGGCUGAACGUAAAAAGGCCUGUCAUCUGUAGGGCUCUCAGAGAAACUGCGAGGUCAGAAAAUGUCAUUGUAAUCACAUGUCAAUAAAUCGGAAAUUCAGACA